AUGGCGGAUGAUGUCGCGUCGUCCACGACGUCGGUGUCGGAACAGGCGACGCGGGGCGAUGGAGAGUCGUUCGAUUGGUUCUCUGCGUGGUAUCCGCUUCGGCCGACGAGUUUCCUCGAUCCCGACGAACCGAACGAGCUUCGCGUGUUGGGGAAGAAGCUCGUCGCUUACCUCGAUCCGACGUGUGGGGAGUGGCGCGUGCUGGAGGACAGCUGUCCGCACCGACGCGCGCCUCUGUCGUUGGGUUACGUGCAACGAGACGGAGCGUUGGCGUGCAGGUAUCACGGAUGGGCCUUUGACGGUAAGGACGGCAAGUGCGUGGCCAUUCCGAUGUCCGUCGACGAGGCGGCGGAGAAGACAGCCUGUGCAUCGCCGCGGUCGUGCGCGACGAGCUAUCCGUGUCGCGUGGAGGACGGCAUCUUGUGGGUGUGGCCGACGUCCGGGGCGGACGCGGCGCUUUUGAGCGCGACGACGGCGUGCGCAACCUCGCUCGCCGCGGAGGGAACGCUGCCGGGCGAGUGGGGCAUGGUCGAACUCCCGGUCGGGUACGCCCCUGCGUUGGAGAAUCAGUUCGAUCCGUCCCACGCGGAGUGGUUGCACGCCAAGUACGACGAGAACGGGCAGCUCUCCGAAAAGGAUAACGCGGGAUUCGUACCCAUGACGGACUUUAGUCUUCGCGCCGAGACGAUGAACAAGGACGGAUUCGUGGUCGAUCACGGCGGUUACAACAAGUCCAACGUCGGCGUCACGGCGUCGCGCGUGUUCACCGCGCCUUGCUCGAGCCGAAGCGAAUACCUCGACGCGAAGGGUCGAAAGUAUUUGAGCGCCGCGAUUUUGUACGCCCCGACAGAGCCGGGCAGAACGUUAAUGUUUACAAAGUUUCAGGCGCACCAAUCGGGUGCGGUGCAAGGCGCGGGCGCGCGUAAGGUCUCACCGGUCGAUCGUUUGAACGCUCUCAUCACCGCCCCGGCAAAGGGAUUGUUCGAUUUCUAUUUGGACACCUUCACGAGCGACCCCAAACUCGUGCGCGUGGGGCUCUCGCACGGCUCGCCUCCGGGAUCGAACGCGUACUAUCUCGGCGACCAAGACAUUUUAGCCAUGCACGGGGUCGAAGUGGAGAUGGAGCUUCAGAACAAACCUUGGAAACAGUCGUACUACCUCCCAACGCCCGCGGACGCGGGCGUGUCGACCUUUAGGAAUUGGAUGGAUACGCACGCGGGGGGGAAAGUGCGUUGGGCUCCGGGCGUGGUGGACGACGCGUCCAAGGUGAAGUCCGAAGCCGAGCAGUUCGAUCGGUAUCAUCGACACACCAAGCACUGCGUCGCGUGCAAAACCGCUCUCAACGAGCUCGGUGUGCUCGAAGAGCGCUGCAUGCUCGCGAGCAAGGCGUUAUUGGCGAGCGGACUUUUCCUCGCCGUCACCGGCGCGGCGUUCGAUCAGCAAGCGCCGGCGACAAUCGCGGCGUGUCUCGCCGGCGCCUCCCUCGUCGGCGCCGAGAAGGUUCGGGACAUGCAGCACGAAUUCAUAUCCUCCGUCCCUCGUCGCGGCGUCCCUAGGCCCAAGCUCUGGUGA